GAACGCGACCAUGGUUGUCAAGGAUUGGUUGAAUUCAUCUCGACUCCAGGACGAGACUUCUACGUUCGAAAACAAACGCAGUAUAGAAAAAUUAAUGCUAGUAUAAUUCCCGAAUCAUUUCAACUGGACUGUCAAUUUUUGGGUUUAUGAUCAUAUAUCCGCAGCAGAAACCAUAAAAUCAUGGAAUAUGGGGACAGCAGGAGCAGAUGGCUGCAGCGCUCGUAGCCAACAGGAAGAGCUAGCCUGCUAGCUUUCAGGCGAAUUUCACUACGGACAAAUCGACCAGAAAUUUGAAGGAAAGCCCGUCAGCAUGUUGAUGGUGGGCGACCAUGGAGGGAUCUUAUAGAAUGAGUGUGAGAGAGCUUUGUGAGACAGAUGAUCUGGCCACGAGUCUGGUGCUGGAUCCCUUACUGGGGUUCAGCACCCAUAAGAUGAACAUAAGUCCUCCCCCUGAGAUCCGGCGAUGGGGCUACCUCAGAGAGACCCUUCUGCGCUUCAAACGCACACAUGACUUCCAGGCCACCUUUGAUGCUCUGUUGGAUGGGGAAUGGGUCAGUGGCUAUUUCACUGAGCUGGGUUCACACCGACAGGAGUUGUUAAAGCAGCAUAUGUAUCGCUAUAUGACAGCUUUUCUGUUGGACAGUGGAGUGAACAUUGAGCCGUGUAACCGCUAUUCCUCUGAGACUAAUGGAGCUAAAAUCACAUCCACCCGGCACUGGUUUGUGGGAGAGCGGGUGGAGGUACUGCAGGGCUGUAUAGCUGAGUUAAGCCCUGAGGAUAGUGCCGUGCUAAGAGCAGGAGUGAAUGACUUCAGUGUCAUGUACUCGACGCGCAAGAGAUGUGCUCAGCUUUGGCUGGGGCCCGCUGCCUUCAUUAAUCAUGACUGCAGACCCAAUUGUAAGUUUGUCCCGGGAGAUAAGAAUGGAGCUUGUGUAAAAGUGGUGCGGCCCAUCUCACCAGGGGAAGAGAUUACCUGUUACUAUGGGGACAGCUUUUUUGGGGAGAAUAAUGAAAUGUGUGAAUGUUGCACGUGUGAGAGGAGAGGGGAGGGAUCAUUUAAGAAGAGAGACCAGUUACCAGAUGAGGACUUGCUCCGGGGAUCCUUCAGGACAGAAAUAUGAGUUCAGAGAGACCGAUCUAAGGCUUAACAGGAAUAGGGGAAAUGGCACUCCAAAGCCAUUUCUCACUGUAUCAAACUCGGUCUUGCCAAUGAGGAAUACAUUUUCCCAACGGACGAAGCGGAACGCCCUUGUUUUGAGCAAGAUGAGAAAGACUGAUAGGCGGAGGAGGGAGGAGCAUUGCAAACAGGUGGAAAAGAGAACACAAAACCUCUUAUCUUUUCCUCACCUCGAGCUAAAGGAGCUGAGCAUCUGCCUCUAUCGGCACAGCACAAAUUUCCUAUUAAGCUGUAAGGACCCCUUGAGCAAAGAAAG